AACUUUGUGUGAACUAAUUGAUCUGCUGCGGCGGCGUUGAGGAGGUAGCAGGCUGCCGACGGGCAGCAGGGAUCCUAUAAAGCCGCGCGCCGACAUCCUCCGCAUUCAGAAGCGAACCCGCGUCCUGGAGUCUGCAGCAGCCGAGAGCAGAACUAGAACUAGAACCAGACGCAGCCAGUUGUUCCAGAAGGGAUUCAAUCACCACAACAUGGCUCUAAGUACGCUGCUGGCCACCGUGCUGUGCACCAUCGUGCUGCCCGUGCUGCUGUUCCUGGUGGCCGUGAAGCUGUGGGAGGUGUACCUUAUCCGGGGCCGGGACCCGAGCUGUCCUAGACCGUUGCCCCCCGGCUCCAUGGGGCUGCCCUUCCUCGGGGAGACCCUGCAGCUGCUGCUCCAGAGGAGGAAGUUCCUGCGGAUGAAGCGGCAGAAGUACGGCUACAUCUACCGCACGCACCUCUUCGGCAGUCCGACGGUGCGCGUCACCGGGGCGGACAACGUGCGGCAGAUCCUGCUGGGGGAGCACCGGCUGGUGGCGGCGCAGUGGCCCGCCUCGGUGCGCACCAUCCUGGGCUCCGACACCCUCUCCAACGUACACGGCGCGCAGCACAAGUCCAAGAAGAAGGCCAUCAUGCGGGCAUUUUCCCGGGACGCCCUGGAGCAGUACGUGCCGGUGAUCCAGGAGGAGGUGCGUGCCGCCGUGCGGGACUGGCUGCAGCGGGACCCGUGCGUGCUGGUCUACCCCGAGAUGAAGCGCCUCAUGUUCCGCAUCGCCAUGCGAAUCCUGCUGGGCUUCGACCCGGAGCAGAUCCGCACGGAUGAGCAGCAGCUGGUCGAGGCCUUCGAGGAGAUGAUCAAGAACCUGUUCUCGCUGCCAAUCGACGUCCCGUUCAGCGGCCUGUACCGGGGCUUGAAGGCCAGGAACUUCAUCCACUCCAAGAUCGAGGAGAACAUCAGGAAGAAACUCGAGGAGGACUCUGAGGGGCUGGGCUGUAAACACCGAGACGCCCUACAGCAGCUCAUCGACAGCAGCAAGAACAACGCAGAGCCCUUCAGCAUGCAGGCCAUCAAGGAGUCCGCCACGGAGCUCUUGUUCGGGGGCCACGAGACCACGGCCAGCACGGCCACCUCCCUGGUCAUGUUCCUGGGCCUCCACACGGAGGUUGUGGAGCGCCUGAGGCAGGAGCUGGUGGGCCUGCAGGAGGAGCGCGGGGUGGACCUGCAGAACCUCACCAUGGAGACCCUGGACCAGCUCCAGUACACGGGCUGCGUCAUCAAGGAGACCCUCAGGAUCAACCCCCCCGUCCCCGGGGGCUUCCGCGUGGCCCUGAAGACCUUUGAGCUCAACGGCUACCAGAUUCCCAAGGGCUGGAACGUCAUCUACAGCAUCUGUGACACGCACGACGUGGCCGAGAUCCCCAACAAGGAGGACUUCCAGCCGGAGCGCUUCAUGGCCACGCCCUCAGGGGAGGCCGGCUCCUCCUCCUCCUCCUCCUCCUCCCGCUUCCAGUACAUCCCCUUCGGGGGGGGGUCCCGGAUGUGCGUGGGGAAGGAGUUUGCCAAGGUGCUGCUGAAGAUCUUCCUGGUGGAAGUGGUGACUCAGUGCAAUUGGACCCUUCUUAACGGACCGCCCACCAUGAAGACCGCCCCUACAGUGUACCCCGUAGAUCACCUCCCCACCAAGUUCUCCCCCUACGUCCCCAACUAGUCCUCCUACUACACAGAGAGCCACCUUGUACAUAUGUUUUCAUACUAAGAGAUUUAACAGUGGGAAAGAGUAUAUAGAGUAGUUUUUCUAAAAUGUUGAGCCACAAAGUCUGUAAUUACACUUUUAAUACUGACUGCAUUGCUGCUUGUUUUUGGCCUAUUGUACAGAUGAAAGGUUGUAGAUGAAAUGUAUAUAACUAUAUUUUUGUGUGUGUGUGUGUGUGUGUGUGUGUGUGUGUGUGUGUGUGUGUGUGUGUGUGUGUGUGUGUGUGUGUGUGUGUGUGUGUGUGUGUGUGUGUGUGUGUGUG